CUUGUUGUUUGGACUUCCACCUUUAAUUUAGUAAAAAAAUUGUAUCGAUUAGUUGUUUAAUUUCGUUUUUAUCCCAAUUUAAAAAUGGAAGAGCAAGACGCGAAUUUCAGACAUAUUUUAUUGUAUUAUUUCCGAAAAGUGAAAAAUGCUCAACGAUCUGGCCGUCCAGUUGAAGUUGAUGAGACCCAUAUCAAGGACAUUAUCGAUUCAGAUCGUCAUAGCACAACGUGUGAGAUUGCAGAGAAUGUAUCUCGUACAUGCAUGAAAAAGAAAUUAAAACAACUUGGCUAUGUCAAGAAACUCGAUUUAUGGCUUAUGGCAUUAGCUUAAGGAUAUUCAUUUGACGCAACGCAUUAGCAUCUGCGAUUCGCUUCUGAAACGCAACGAAAUUGAUCCAUUUCUGAAACGACUGAUCACUGGCGACCAAAAAUGGAUUGUUUAUAACGACGUCAAUUGGAAAAGAUCGUGGGUGAUGCAGGAUGAACCAGCCCAGGCGACACCAAAAGCUGAGAUUCACCAAAAAAAGGUUAUACUGUCAGUUUGGUGGGAUUAUAAAGGAAUUCUGUACUUUGAACUUUUACCAAAAAA